AUUAGCGUAGUUUUAUACCUUACUAUUAUUAUUAGACCCAAUAUUAUUUUUACGCUAUCCCGGCUAGCCCGUUUUCUAAUUAAUUCUAGACUAAUUCAUUAUUCAAUAAUCGAGCGAGUGAAGGUAUACCUUUGCAGUACUAAUUAUUAUACCUUCUAA